AUGCUUUCUAGAGUCUCGGCUGCUCCCCUUGGGCCUUACUGCCACCGGAAGGGGAGGGGAGGGGGGGCUGGGCGAGAGACACGGCGUGUGGCUAACAUUUGGCCUGGCAGCUCUGAGAAAAUCCCCGCGGCAUUUAUUGUGACGGGGACGAAUAUUGCGUCACAAGAUCUGCUGUUUGAACAGCUGUCUGAAACGUUGCAGUCGGGCAGCAGCCGCUUCGUGAGGCUCCGGUCGACGGAGGCUGGGUCGCUGAAAGCGGUGCUAAAGCGCAUCAUUCGCACAGGGACGUCCAAAGCUACAGAGGAAGACGACGAGAAUGACACAGAGGAAAAAGGAGCAGAUGGGAAACGCUAUCUCGACUACGACUUGGAAGCACUGUAUGCGUACGUCCAAACGCAGAACUGCGACCAGAUUUUUGUGGCAUUUCAGGACAGUGAAGGCUUCGAGAGUAGCCUGCUAUCAGACCUGAUUACUCUUUUGAGCUCGUGGCGUCCACGCAUUCCAUUCACUCUUCUAUUUGGCAUUGCCACGUCAGUGGAACUGCUUCAGGCCCGAUUGCUCAAAUCGACAUGCCGCCAGAUUUAUGGAGGCCAAUUCGACGAUGUGCAGACGGACACCAUCUUGGAAUCGGUCUUCAAGGGCGCGGUGGCGGCGAGUGAUGUCCCAGUCCGGCUUGGCGCUCCCUUGCUACGAUGGAUGCUGGACCGCCAACGCGAUCAGGUGGCUGGCAUUCAAUCAUUUAUUAGCUCUCUCAAGUAUGCGUACAUGUGUCACUUUUUCGCCAACCCGCUUACUGUGCUGGCACAUUGGGAGGAUGGCAAGGACAAGUUGAUCCAGCCAGAACAUUUAGAGGCCAUACGUAACACACCCUCUUUCCGGAAGCAUGUGGAGGCGGCCGUUGAACUUGGUACGCCCGAGAGCCUGCAGCACGCCCGGUCGCUGCUGGAGGAUGACGCCACACUCAAGGAACGCGUGCAGGCUAGCAUCCCGGAGCGUCAGGCGUGGAUGAAUGAGCGAUUACGGAGCCUGCUUAUGCUGGAAGCCGCGGGUGCGCAACACGGCACAUUCUCGCGAGCGUACGUGGAAGUGAUGAGCGAGGGCGUGGCCAUGUCUGAGCACUCCAACAUGGUGGCGAGCGUGCGGCGCAUGGGUAUGGGCGAGCUGAGGGUGGCGAUGGAGCGAAUCCUCUUGCUGCUACGCGAGGGCGAGCCGAGCCUGGGCCUAGGUCCUUGGCUGGCACGCGAGGGCGAACAGAUGCAGAGCCAGCUGGAGACGCAGCUGGCGGCGCUGCAGGCCCUCUCGAGCCGCGCCGAGGCAGCGGGUGUCAGCAGCGUGCGCAGCCGGUACAGCGGACAGGCCAAGGUGGCGCGGACCACGGUGAUUGCGCAGCGGGUGCAGCUGAGCCACCACUCGGCCACACUCAAGGACGAGGACCGGCAGCUGACGGAGAUUGUCGAUGCGGUGGCGGGCCUGCUGGCCGCGCGCACCGACGCCUCGACGCCGGGCGGGCUGUUUUUGUCGGAGAGCUGGCUGUACGACGCGCGGGCGCCGUCCCGGGACGUCUUGGUACCGCGGCCGCGCGUCGUCUUUGAGCGCAGUCUCGUCCGGCCGCACGACUACCUGGCGUGCGACUGCUGCAAGCCGGACCAGGACGGCCUGCAGGCGACGCUGCCGGCGACGGCGAUCCUGUACCAAAUGUACCUGGAGACGGGCAACCUCAUCAACGUGGCGGACUUGUGGUCCUCAUUUUACGCACUGGUCGGCGGCCAAGCAGGGGGUGAACAGGAAGGAGAUGAGGACGGCAUGGACGAGGAUGGGGAAGAAGAGAAGCAGCGGGAGGUGCUGGUCAUGUUCUACCGAGGCCUAGCAGAGCUACGCGCCAUGGGCUACGUCAAGAGCAGCAAGAAGAAGACGGACCACAUCGCCAAGGUCAAGUGGCUGUGA